GCUUGCAAUCCUAAAUAUGAAGACUUUGACAAGACUGGUUCAAUAUGUGCCAGCGAGAACAUCAAUAAUACUCUUACACAGUACCGGUGGCUUGUGAGUGCACCCACUGGUCCUGAUGGUAUCACGAGCCCAAUGAAGGAGAUUGACUUUGAUACCUUCUUCACUUCCUCCAAGAUGAUCACUCUAGACUCCAUUUAUUUUCAAGCUGGCUCUCGAGUCCAGUGUGCAGCUCGUGCUGUGAAUUCAGAUGGGAAUGAAGGCCUUGAACUUAUGAGCCCUAUUGUAACUAUAAGCGUGUCAGAAGGUCUUUGUCAACCUCGAAUGUCAGGAGCAGUUGGAGCAGAACCAUUCUCUGCCAAAUUGCGUUAUACUGGCCCAGAAGACCCAGACUACGUCAAUCUCAUCAAACUGACAGUCACGAUGCCGCAUAUUGAUGUUUGUGUAAUGAUUAAGACAAAAAGAUUUGAAGAUGUUUUGGUUCUCAACCUCGUACAGUCCUAUGUAACCCUGAGAGUCCCCUUGUAUGUCUCUUAUGUCUUCCACUCCCCGGUGGGUGUAGGAGGCUGGCAGCAUUUUGACCUUCAGUCCGAGCUCCGGCUGACUUUUGUGUAUGACACUGCCAUCCUGUGGAAGGAUGGGAUCGGGAGCCCACCUGAAGCAGAGCUCCAAGGUUCUCUGUACCCAACCAGCAUGCGAAUCAGCGACGAGGGGCGCUUGGUUGUCAACUUCAAGACUGAAGCCCGGUUUCAUGGUUUGUUUGUGAUGUCCCAUUCUGCUUCACCUCUGACUUCAAUGGUCCUGUCAGCCGAUCACCCAGGCCUGACAUUUAGCCUCAGCCUCAUCCGAAGUGAGCCAACAUACAAUCAGCCCAGACAGCAGUGGAGCUUUGUUUCAGAUUUUGCGGUUCGUGACUAUUCUGGAACCUACACUGUGAAGCUGAUAGCUUGUACCACGGCUCCACAUCAGGAGUACAGCCUGCCGGUGAUAUGCAAUCCCCGAGAGCCCAUCACAUUUGAUCUGGAUAUCCGAUUCCAGCAGGUCAGUGACCCUGUGGCUGCUGAGUUCAGCUUGAAUACCCAGAUGUUUCUCCUUUCCAAGAAGACCCUGUGGCUAUCUGAUGGCUCAAUGGGCUUUGGGCAAGAAAGUGAUGUUGCUUUUGCAGAAGGUGAUAUCAUAUAUGGUCGGGUGAUGGUGGAUCCAGUGCAGAAUCUGGGUGACUCCUUCUACUGUAGCAUCGAAAAGGUUUUCCUGUGCACAGGAGCUGACGGAUAUGUACCCAAGUAUAAUCCAUCCAACACUGAAUAUGGUUGCCUCGCCGAUUCUCCAUCCCUUCUGUACAGAUUUAAGAUUGUGGACAAAGCUCAGCCAGAGACACAAGCCACAAGCUUUGGAAAUGUGCUUUUUAAUGCAAAACUUGCUGUAGAUGACCCUGAAGCAAUUCCUCUAGUUAAACAACCAGGCUCUGAUGGCUUUAAAAUGGAUUCCACUCCCCUAUUUCAGGUAUCCUUGGGUAGGGAGUGGUAUGUCCACACAAUCUACACUGUACGCUCCAAGGAGAAUGCUAACCGUGGGAUUGGCAAGAGAAGCGUGGAGCACCAGUACCACUCUGUGUCCAGUGCUGGGAGCCCGGGAGCAGCUGCGCGGAGGCGGCAGAAGAGGGAUGUUGAAGGAGCUCCAGAGCUUGCAAAAGAUAUUGGUGCAGAAAAGAAACGAGGAACAAACAUACAGCACGUAGCCCUGGACCGCGCCAACAAGAAGCAGGUGCCUCCAAGGGAGGUCGUGGUCAAUGGCGUUCUCCCCAGGGAGCUGAGUAACCCAAGCCCGGAGGUCAGCAUCGUCACAGUCACUGGUGGCACUGCUGCGGUUUUGCUUGCCAUUUGCUUAGUUGCAAUCAUAAUUUUGCUGCUAAAAAGGAGACAAAGUUCUGAGAAGAAAGACGCUACGAAGGAGUCAGGAAGCAGUGAACCAAUGAUGCUGCCGUAUAAUUGUCCCAGCGACAGCUCGGAGGUUUGA